AUGCUACAGGCAAAAUUUCUGUCUCAGGAUCAAAUUAACGAGUUCAAGGAAUGUUUUUCCCUGUACGACAAGAAACAAAAAGGCAAGAUAAAAGCCUCCGACCUGAUGACAGUGAUGCGGUGCCUGGGAGCCAGCCCGACACCAGGAGAGGUGCAGAGACACCUGCACUUGCACAAGAUCGACAGAAACGCAGAGCUGGAUUUCUCCACUUUCCUGAAUAUAAUGUACAGGCAAAUGAAGCAAGAGGAACCCGAGAGUGAAAUCCUCACGGCCUUGUCCAUGAUAGACAGGCAGAAGAGAGGCAUUAUCACUGUUUCGGAGCUGAGAGCCAAACUUACAAGACUAGGAGAAAAGCUUUCCGAGGAAGAAGUUGAUGACCUGCUAAAAAAAGCCAAAAUUGGACCAAAUGGAACAAUAAAAUACGAAGAAUUUGUCCGCAUCAUUUGUCUUCCUACAGUCGACUACUAA